ACCAGGUAGCCAUGGCAGACAACAAGUUCCCUAUGAUUGUGCUUCUUUGCGCGUUCGGUUGUGCGGUGUGUUUGCUGAAUGGAGAAGAAGUACGCCAUGAAGAAGCAGUGCCUAUCGACAGGGCUAGGCGCUCCGUUCUAAUCAAGUACGACAUCUACACACUGGACUACUUUAUCGAGCUGGUGGAGAAGAUCGAAAGAGACACCAGUACAAGUGGAGAUACUAUAAACAAGAUUGUUAACUAUGUUCGUCUGCUCGGUUACAACACUGAUCUGUGGAACAUAGUGUGCGGCAAAGCAGAUCCACUGCCAGACGUUAAUUUGAACUCAGAAGAGAGACGCAUCUUGACCAACAUGGUUAGAUACAUAUACGAAGACCAAUCCAAGCAAGAGCUGGGUGUGGUGUUGACACCUGACGGAGAGACCAUUGCCAUGGGUCGAGUCUUACUGGGCAUUUGUGCAGGGCUGAAUCGUGAUAACAGCCUCUCACUAAGUGCAUGGGCCUCAGGUGCUCCACUGCGUGUUGAUAAUUUGUUUACAGCAACGAUUGCAUACAGCCUUGGAAGAAGUGCGCUGUACAAAGCAAAUGGUGACACUUCGGAUUUGUUCGGUCCGUCUGGGGUAUGGAGCCCAGAUACUAACUGCCCUGCUUCAUAUCGCCUGACUAAGAUGGCUUCUAAGGCUACGGACGCUGAAUUAUUGGGAGAUGUCGACGGGUUCCUUUUAGGGUACGGCAUCCCCCAAUGGAAGGAGAAAGGUGUUAGGCUUGGUCAGUUGCUGAGAAUGUAUUACGGAUCAGGUAUCCUUUACGACACUUCCUACGCCAGGUGCCGGAGAAGCUCAAAAUUUUCAAGCGUGGUCAAUAAGGAUAACCUUCUUGGCGAGAUAAACGGAUUCGCUACGGCCUACUAUGAUAAAAACUCAGCUCAGCUUUCAGGUGUAAAACAAGGCGAGAUCCUCUCUCUGUCCAGGGACAUAAAUGACAAAUUCUUCCCUUACCUUGAUAAGAUCACAGGAAAUUCCAAUUGCAGUAUUGACGAAGACAGCGAAGAUUGUGAAAUUCCAGCCAACAUUGUAUUUGUCAUGGAUGAGUCAGGAAGCGUUGAAGCACACAACCAUAAGAAGGAGAAACAAUUCGUCCGGGAGAUCAUUAAAACAUUUGACAUUUCUCCACUUCAAACUCGCGUGGCUAUUGUUGAGUUUUCCACUAGUGUCAGUGUGGCAGUGGCUCUGGACAACUAUGGCUCCAAAACACGGCUGAUGUGCGCAGUAAAUGACAUCACAUAUUCUACGGGUUACACGUACACUGGAAAGGCUUUAAAGACUGUCCACUACAAUGUGUUACGACCUGCUUUGGACAAUCCAGUGACCGACACAGAAACAGUACAGAUCGUUAUUGUACUCACAGACGGUAGAUCUAACGAUCCUGGCAAAAAUGUCUUGAAGAAAGCUGUGAAGAAUUUAAAGAAAGACAUUAAAGACCUGACAAUGAUUGCUGUCGGAGUCGCAAAUUACCUUCUCUCCGAGCUACGUUUGAUUGCUACUGACGAGAAGCACCAUGUUUUCACCGCUGCAAACUUCGACAAACUUCCUGAGCUGGUUUCGUCACUGAGAACAAAGGCUUGUAGUGCACCUAUUUACAUGGGCUUGAACUUCACUGAGUCAGAGGAUUCCACAGAAGUCGUAGCGUUCGUUUCUCCAGAUAAGGCUCGAUUCUUCACUCUGUCAGCGGAGCAUUUUUUCGGGGUCGAGGACAUUUUUAUUGACGUUAUACCGCAAUAUGGCACAGUGUCUGUGUAUGCAUCAAGGAUAACAGAUACUCCGGGACCCGACAAUCACACUCUUAAAGUUGGACCGGCAGGGGAAGGACAAGAGAUGCAACUGCAGUUUUCAAACCUUUGUGCUGGUUACAAUUCCUCUGAAACUUGUCCUCCCGUCAACAUCGGAAUAUACGGAGAAUCGUCUUCACUUACCUGCUCAGAGCGAGACUGCAAUCUCCCAAAUCAAAUAAAAUUCAGGAUAAGAAGAGGGACACCUAACAUUGUCAGUGGAGGUAUUAAAACUACAGACCUCGAAACAGUGUUUUUCCUUCACUAUUUCCUCACAACUUCGAUCUUGGUUUCGUAUGUUUUAUAACUGAUCGCCCAAUCGCGAUGGCUUGCUGAAAAAGGCUUCUCUCACAAGUGAUAUAGUCAAAAUAAUAUCUGGUAGUACUGUAAAUGUUUUUGUCUAAUAGUAAUUUCAGGUACAUAUUCGAUAUGUACACAAAUGUAUUGUGAAGAAGUCAUAAAGUGUGAAAAUAAACUUAAUGUCUGUGUUUACUUGUAA